UUUGGUUCUCUUUGCCGCUGCUAGGCUCCAAUUUCACUAGCUUCUAAGGGCUAGUCCCUUCCGUCUGGUGUUUCUGUCCUAAGCCAGCGCGAUUCGUGCCUCGCCCUUCGUUUGUCUUAAUAUCCUAUCAGGAGCUCCCUGAUCCGCAGCCAUGCCGAAGAAUAAGGGAAAGGGAGGUAAGAACAGGAAGAGAGGAAAGAACGAGGCCGAUGACGAGAAGCGCGAGUUGGUCUUUAAGGAGGACGGCCAGGAAUACGCUCAGGUGAUGCGUAUGCUCGGCAACGGCCGCUGCGAGUCGCUUUGCAUCGACGGAGUUAAGCGACUGUCGCACAUCCGAGGCAAGAUGCAUAAGAAGGUCUGGAUCGCUGCUGGAGAUAUUAUCCUGGUCGGUCUGCGGGAUUAUCAAGACGACAAGGCUGACGUCAUCCUGAAGUAUCAGCCAGACGAGGCGCGUCUCUUAAAGGCAUAUGGAGAGCUGCCGGAUAAUAUUAGGUUGAACGAGGGUAUAGCAGGAGGCAUGGACGAGGAGGGUGAAGACGGCGGAGAUGACUAUAUCGAAUUCGAGGACGAAGACAUCGACAGGAUAUAGAGAUGUUACUAUAUCGGGAGGUUGCAGGGCCUGGUGCAUAGCGCGUGAUUUUGGAGAGUUACGUGGAAACCCUCGACGACGGAUAGCUUCUUAUAACGGGGAUUUUGAGGUGUUCUUAGGUUGUGUGUUCUUGAGCAUCGUGCCAUGAUGUGGGGAUGCUGUUAACGCACCGUGAGUGGGCUCCUUGCCCUCCCUGGUAUGGUGUAUCUCUUAGACUCCUGUAAUGUCUUUCUCUUUUGAAAUUCAAGUUAUACGUUCGUGUCCUGUGUCACACACGCCAUGUCUUUUGUCGUUUUCCUCAUCGGUAAUUGCACUG